UAGGCUGAACGUUACUCUGAGCUGCGUUCUGAUUGGUCCGCGGGCCGAUUUCAAACUCCGCCUUCUCUGCGUCCUCGCGACUCUCUGAGGAGCCAACGGUCGGGGCGGUUGGCGUUUUUUCCUGCCACUUUCCGAGCAAGUUAACAACCAAAGGCUCGAGGAAAGGCAAAAAUGUUUCAGCUGAAGGAGCGCUUUGUGUCGCUGCUCCACGAGAAAAACUUUGUCACGGACCAGUUGGCGGUGCUGGAGCAAAAAACUGGACUGAAGAGGGAACAUAUCACUUUGGUUGCUUUCGGUUUUAUCGUGCUCUACCUCCUGUUUGGAUACGGAGCCUCGCUGCUCUGCAACCUGAUUGGAUUCAUCUACCCAGCAUAUUUCUCCAUCAAGGCCAUUGAGAGCACCAACAAGGACGACGACACCCAGUGGCUCACCUACUGGGUUGUUUAUGGCUUUUUCAGCAUUGUUGAGGCCUUCUCUGACAUCUUCCUCUCCUGGUUCCCCUUUUACUAUGCUGGGAAAUGUACGUUCCUGAUCUGGUGUAUGUCUCCGGUGAAGUGGAACGGCUCUGACCUGUUGUACACGCGGGUGAUCCGGCCUUACUUCCUGAAACACCAGAGCGUCAUGGACAACAUCGUCAGUGAUAUAACUUCCAAGGCCAAGGACCUCAAGGACACCGUGACAAAGGAGGCUGUCCACCAAGCUCUCAGCCAUGACAAGGAUGAGUGAGAAGCACAGAGGAUAACCUAGUGUGCAUGUGAGUGAGGGCGUGUGUGUGUGAACGUCACCUUUUUCUGUGGUCCUCUUAUGAAGAUGGAUGACUAACUGCCCUGCUCUUUGUGGAGUCUGUGCCUUUCCUCCUGUGAAAACAAAUAAAAUAUUGCGCAUCAACAUCAGUUUACUGCUAUCGGUACGUUGAAGACAGUCAAUGAAGCUGUGACUUUUGUUUGUGAUCCGUUAUGAAGACGACUGGGAGAAGCGUUUAUUGAAGAAUCAUUUGUUUACUUGUGCGUAGCUGUGAUUAUAAUCAUUUUUUGGGCAGAAGACUAAUAAAUUACACUACUUUCAAGCUUUAAAUUAAAAUAGAUCUAGCUCUACAUUCAUAUCGAGGUUUGAUUAGGAAAUAAAUCCAGAGGUAAAUCGACAGCGUCUCAGGAACCUUUGAAGAUCUUCUCUGCCUGUUGGUCUAAAGGCUCGUUGCCCUAAAAUAUAUUUAUAGACCGCCUUCUGUUGCGUUGAUAAUCAUGUCAUCUGUCUCCUUUUCUCUCCUUCAUGUGCCAGACUGAUCUCAGUCUGAGGUAUUGGGAACAUUCCCAAGCUUUGACAUUAACUGGAAACCUUCUGGCUUUUAAAAUGUCUUAAUUUAUUUUCUCACGAUGAUUUAAAGAAAUAAAACUGGAACUCCGAUGAGCUGAAA